CGUUGCUACACCGUACCGACAGGCUCACAUCUCGCAUGAAUGGAAAGAUAUUAGCUGUGAAAGCCUUGACUUAGGGAUGGGAACUGGAUGCAGCGUUUUCCGAGUUAACGUUAGUCCGUAUCUGUCCAUUUAACGUGGGGGCACUUUUCCCUGUAUUCAACUUCAAAGUGUUUCUGUUUGUUUGUGUGUGGAGCGGGAGCUAAGUAGCUGUUAGCCUGAAUAUACUAAUCAGACUGGGUAACGUUAACACUACCGUUAGCCUGCCGAGCUAGUCAGCCCUGCUCAAACAACAUAGACAAACAACAGAGCAAACAUGGUUGAAACUAUAUUUGACCUCCCGGUCGAAAAGCAGAUAUUUUAUGCUGUUUUGGGGUUUUCGUGGACAGUGUAUCUAUGGGAGGCAUACCUUUCUUACAGACAGAGGAGGAUAUACAGAUCAACAACACAUGUGCCACAGGAGCUAGGGAAGAUCAUGGAUUCUGAAACAUUUGAGAAGUCACGACUUUAUCAGCUGGAUAAAAGCAACUUCAGCUUUUGGUCUGGACUCUACUCUGAGACUGAGGGCACGUUGAUCCUGCUCCUUGGUGGAAUCCCGUUUCUGUGGGGCGUCGCUGGUUCUGUGACAACUCGCUUAGGAUUCAGUCCAGAGUACGAGAUCACCCAGUCCCUCGUGUUUCUGACCCUUGCUACCCUGUUCAGUGCCUUAACUGGACUUCCCUGGAGUUUGUACAAUACUUUUGUCAUUGAGGAGAAGCACGGCUUUAAUCAGCAGACGCUGGGGUUCUUCCUCAAGGAUGCGGUAAAGAAGUUUGUUGUGACCCAGUGUAUCCUGCUGCCUGUGACCUCGCUGCUCCUCUACAUCAUCAAGAUUGGUGGAGACUACUUUUUCAUCUAUGCCUGGCUCUUCACCCUGGCUGUCUCUCUGGUACUUGUUACCAUCUAUGCUGAUUACAUUGCUCCCCUGUUUGACAAGUUCACUCCAUUGCCAGAAGGAGAGUUAAAGACAGACAUUGAGGCUAUGGCCAAAAGUAUCAGCUUCCCCCUCACAAAGGUUUACGUUGUAGAAGGUUCCAAACGUUCAUCACACAGCAAUGCAUACUUCUAUGGGUUCUUCAAGAACAAACGUAUUGUGCUGUUUGACACUCUGCUGGAAGACUACUCACCUCUAAACAAGUCUGGAGAGCCACAGCCCGAGCCGCCAGAGAGCGAUGACACAUCCAGUGAAGCGAAAGCCAAGCCCAAGAACAAGAAACAAGGCUGCAACAACCCAGAGAUCCUUGCAGUCUUGGGUCAUGAGCUUGGACACUGGAAGCUUGGCCAUACUGUAAAGAAUAUUGUCAUCAGUCAGAUGAAUUCCUUCCUGUGCUUCUCCCUGUUCGCUGCUCUGAUUGGACGUAAGGAGCUGUUUGUAGCUUUUGGCUUCGAUGACAGCCAACCCACACUAAUAGGCUUGAUGAUUAUCUUCCAGUUCAUCUUCUCCCCAUAUAAUGAGCUCCUGUCCUUCUGUCUAACGGUCUUGAGUCGCAGGUUUGAGUUCCAGGCAGAUGCCUUUGCACGUGGCAUGGGCAAAGCCUCCGAGCUCUACUCUGCCCUCAUCAAACUCAACAAGGACAACCUGGGCUUCCCCGUGGCUGACUGGUUGUUCUCCAUGUGGCACUAUUCCCACCCUCCCCUCCUGGAGCGCCUCAGAGCGCUGGGCAACGUCAAGCAGGACUGACGGGGCUGGAAGGAGGAGCGGCGACCGCUGCCUCCUCCCAAGGGCCUCCGCAGACCGCUCCUGGCCCUGUGAUGCACCUCGGCCUUUCUUUACCCAACUGCACCCCCUCAUCUUGUUUUAUCUUGUUUUAGUCUUUUCUUCAUUUGCCAUUCUUUCCAUUUUUUUUCCUCUUUGAAACUUUCUUUUAAACAAAACCAAAACAUAUCAGAACAAGGCAACCUAAAAAAAUCAUAAGCCUGUACUGAAAGUCUCUGCUCUUUCUCUAGAGCUAAUAUGCACUUGCUGAGAGCAAUACAUCUGGGCAAUGUGUGUUUUAAAAAAAAAAAAAAAAGCAAAUGUCGGAGUCCUGGUCACAUUUUACACGCAAUUUAGUUUUUGACAUAACUAUAACUUUGUUGAAGCGCAACUAAUAGAAUUUGGCAGAAUUUGCAAAUCCUGGAAUUUUACUUUCUACAUCUGUGUGUUUCUAUUGUGAUGCAGACAUGGCAUCCAACUGUUAAGAGCACAAAAGUAAAGAGGGUUUUAUUUGUUGUGAAUUUAAAGAACGGAAAACAAUUACAGACAUGGUAGGUGGGUAGACAGAUAACUUCUUACAACUCAUGACAAUACUUUUUACAGAUACACAGGCCAGAAUUAGAUUUGUCUCUCAAGUGCAACUGUUGCUUUUUUUUUUUCUUUUUUUUUACGCAAUAUCUCCGGGCAAACUCAAGAGAAUAAUGUUAAUCCAGUCAUCAAAUCAAAUUCACAGUUUUGCAAGAGGAACUAUGUAGAUGCUUUAUCACAGUGAAAAAAUGUGAGUGCCUCUAAUUAUUGCUGUUUGUGUUCAGAUAAUGGAAAUAUUAUGAAUACAGCAGUGCAGAAAAUUUCAUUUGAAUUUUUUUUACAUGCAUUGGGGGGAGAUCUUGUUUUACUUUUUCUAAAGCACUUGCCGACAAGGGUGCAACCAUACCUGUACAUAUGUAACUUUGAUGAGUAGCGUAUCGACGUAUGAAGUGAAUUGUGAAAAAUGUUGAAUGUGGUUUGAAAUUUUAAGUUGAUAUGGUGUUUUUUAGUUUCUUCUCUUGGAUUUUGGGCCGGAGUGAGCGCAGAGUUGCCUGGUAAGCAAAGUGUUUAUAGGGGACUUUGGGAAGGGGUCCGUGAGUGUCCUUCCACCACAUAAGCCAGUGCUUGGUUUGUUCAGAGAGGGGACUGUGUACUUUAUCUGCAGCGUUGAAUAAAAUCCUUCAAAGCA